CGGAACCUAGCGGAGGAUCUAAACUCUCCGUUCCGCGAGGGGCGUUUCUAGCGCUUCUUUCUGGAGAAGAGCGUCGACGCUAGGAUCUGUGCGUCGCGUUGCUCUCUGCAACUCGGCUCCGCCCGCGGCGCGGGGCGUGUCUCUGUGGGCGGGUUCGCGCGCGCUGCUGAUGUGAGGACGCAGGUGACGCGGCGCUCAGCUCCCAUCGGAAGACGCGGAGGAUCAAGACGCGUUGCUCUCUGACGGAUACUGACAUUAUUCCGGACUGAGAUUCCAGAGAAAAGCGCAGGAAUUUGGGAAGAAGGAGAGACUGAAACGCAGGGAGAGCAUUGCGAAGGUCUGGAGAAUGCCGGAAUCUGGAGGCCAGUAGAACGUUCCUCAUGUAGGAUAAGGCUAUUUGGAUGAACAUGGACAAAUGACCCGCAGGUAAAGACUCAGCCAUGAGCAUCACCUGUGGUCCACAGGACUCAAGAUAGCUGCAUCACGCCUCUUAACAUCAGCCUGAAGGAAACCCAAGAAUCACAGUGCUUUGAAACCUCAACUGGAAGCCUCUCAGAGAAAACUUAAAUUGGCAACCAAGCUAGGGCUAAAAAGCAGGAAUUCCCAUCUGUCCCUCAUCACCCCCUGCCUGUGCCCGAUGCACUGACCAAUGGAGAGACUACGGAUAGAGUCUGGAUAGAGACAGGCCAGGAAAGAGAGAGAAAACGAGUGAACGAUUGGCCCGUCUUGGCCUUGUUUGCAACUGAAGUCAAAGAGAAACUCUGAGUGUUAUCUCAGCUCUGCUGAGAGCAGGUUUCUGAGCUCGUAUCAUUGUGGUGGGUGAAAUGCAAUCCGGGUGCUGGUCCUCUCUCUGGCCCCUGUGGCCCUUGCUGUUGGCCGGACUCUUUCUUUCGGCGGGGGCCCUGGAGUUCGGCGGGGCCCCGGGGCAGUGGGCUCGCUACGCACGCUGGGAAGCCGGCUCCAUCGGGGAGCUCAGCUUUAGCCUGAAGACCAACGUGAGCAAGGCGCUGGUUCUGUACCUGGACGACGGUGGGAAUUGUGACUUCCUGGAGCUGCUCAUCGGCGGCGGACACCUACAGCUACGAUUCGCCAUCCACUGUGCCGAGCCGGCUGCCCUCCAGAUGGAGACCCGCGUCAGCGACGACCGCUGGCACAUGGUGCUGCUCACCCGAAACUACCGCGAGACCAUGCUGAUGGUGGAUGGGGAGACCAAAGUGGCAGAGGUGCGUUCCAAGCGCAAGGAGAUGGCGGUCGUCAGCGACCUGUUUGUGGGGGGGAUCCCACCGGACGUGCGUCUGUCUGCCCUCACGUCCAGCACGGUCAAAUAUGAGCCUCUGUUUAUGGGCUUGAUCUCCAAUCUGAAGGUGGGCGAGAUGCCUCCCACUCUUCUCAACAGCAAUGGCAUUCAUAACGAUCUGGAGUAUCUGUGCGUCAAGCAGAACCCCUGUCUCAACGGAGGAUACUGCACCGUCCAGUUCGGCGAGGUCCACUGCGACUGCUCCCACACGCGCUUCCGAGGGAAAUACUGCAAAGAAGAAGAGUACGCGGUGGAAGGUCUGGCGCACCUGACGUUAAACAGCCAAGGGAAAGAAGAAUCGGUGGCCACCUUCAAGGGGAACGAGUUCUUCUGUUACGAUCUGUCCAUGACUCCCAUCCAGAGCAGCACGGAUGAGAUCACGCUGUCCUUCCGAACGCUCCAGCGCAACGGUCUGAUGCUGCACACCGGGAAAUCCGCAGACUACGUCAACCUGUCGCUGAAGAGCGGCGCCGUCUGGCUCGUCAUCAACCUGGGCUCUGGCGCCUUCGAGGCGCUCGUGGAACCGGUGAACGGGAAGUUUAACGACAAUGCUUGGCACGAUGUUAAAGUCACGCGAAACCUGCGACAGCACUCAGGCAUUGGACACGCUAUGGUCACCAUCUCGGUGGACGGCAUUCUGACCACCACCGGAUACACGCAGGAGGACUACACCAUGCUGGGCUCCGACGACUUCUUCUACAUCGGAGGAAGCCCGAACACGGCCGAUCUGCCCGGAUCUCCGGUCAGCAACAACUUCAUGGGCUGCCUGAAAGACGUGGUGUACAAGAACAACGACUUCAAGCUGGAGCUGUCGCGUCUGGCCAUCGAGAGGGACCCUAAGAUCAGUCUGCACGGGGACCUGGUGUUCCGCUGCGAGGACGUGGAGGCCCUGGACCCCGUGACCUUCGAGACGGCCGAGUCCUACAUCGCCCUGCCGCGCUGGGACACCAAGAAGACCAGCUCCAUCUCCUUCGACUUCCGCACCACCGAGCCCAGCGGCCUGCUGCUGUUCAGCCACGGCAAGCCCCAGAGCAGCAAAGAGCAGCGGCCCGGCCGCGAGAUGAAGACCGACUACUUCGCCAUGGAGCUGCUGGACGGCUUUCUCUACCUGCUGAUGGACAUGGGCUCCGGCAGCAUCAAGCUCAAGACCAGCAACAAGAAGGUGAACGACGGAGAGUGGUGCCACGUGGACUUCCAGAGAGAGGGACGGAGGGGCUCCAUCUCCGUCAACAGCCGCUCCAUUCCCUUCAGCUCUAACGAGGGCAGCGAGAUCCUGGACCUGGACAGUGACAUGUAUCUGGGCGGUUUGCCGGAGAGCGGUCAGGGCCUGAUCCUGCCGCCCGAGGUCUGGACCGCGCUGCUCAACUACGGCUACGUGGGCUGCGUCCGUGACCUCUUCAUCGACGGCAAGAGUCGAGAUGUGCGGCGUCUGGCAGAGAUCCAGAGCGCGCCGGGCGUCAGCAGCUUCUGCACGCGCGAGCUCCAGAAGAGGUGCAGCAGCGCCCCCUGCGCCAACGGAGGACAGUGCAAGGAGGGCUGGAACCGCUACAUCUGCGACUGCACCGGCACCGGAUUCCUGGGAGGCAACUGUGAGAUCGAGGCGACGGUGUUGAGCUACGACGGCAGCAUGUAUCUGAAGGUCAUCAUGCCCAGGACGCUGCACACGGAGGCUGAGGAUGUGGCGCUGCGCUUCAUGUCCCAGCGAGCGUAUGGGCUGCUCAUGGCCACCACCUCCAGAGAGUCGGCCGACACGCUGCGGCUGGAGCUGGACGGAGGACGGGUCAAACUCACGGUCAACCUCGGUAAAGGUCCAGAGAUCCUGAUGGCCGGUCAGAAACUGAAUGAUAACGAGUGGCACUCAGUGAAAGUGGUCCGGCGUGGGAGGAACCUGCAGCUGUCUGUGGAUAACGUGACUGUGGAAGGUCAGAUGACCGGUGAUCACACGCGUCUGGAGUUCCACAACAUCGAGACGGGCAUCAUGACGGAGCGCAGGUUCAUCUCCGUGGUGCCGUCUAACUUCAUCGGGCACCUGCAGGGCCUGAUGCUGAACGGCGUGCCGUACCUGGACCAGUGUAAGAACGGAGACAUCUCGUACUGCGAGCUGAACGCCCGCUUCGGCAUGCGCCACAUCAUCGCCGACCCCGUGACCUUCCGCAAUAAAGGCAGUUACCUGGCGCUGGCCACGCUGCAGGCGUACGCAUCCAUGCACCUGUUCUUCCAGUUCAAGACCACCAGCACGGACGGCCUGCUGCUCUUCAACAGCGGCGACGGCAGCGACUUCAUCGUGGUGGAGCUGGUCAAGGGGUACGUCCACUAUGUGUUUGACCUGGGGAACGGCCCGUCUCUGAUGAAGGGAAACUCGGAGAAGCCGCUCAAUGACAAUCAGUGGCACAACGUGGUGGUUUCACGCGACACCAACAACGUGCACACGCUGAAGAUCGACUCUCGCACCGUGACGCAGCACUCUAACGGAGCCAGGAACCUGGACCUCAAAGGAGAGCUGUAUAUCGGUGGAGUAGCGAGGAGCAUGUACAGCAGCCUGCCGAAGCUGAUUGCGUCCCGGGACGGAUACCAGGGCUGCCUGGCCUCCGUGGAUCUGAACGGCCGGCUGCCGGACCUGCUAGCAGACGCACUCCACAGAGUCGGUCAGGUGGAGCGAGGAUGCGAUGGACCCAGCACCACCUGUACAGAGGACUCGUGUCAUCAUCAGGGGGUGUGUCUGCAGCAGUGGGAGGGCUUCUCGUGUGACUGCACCAUGACGUCCUAUGGGGGCUCGUACUGCAGCGAUCGUGAGGAGAGGGUCACAGCCUUCAGGUUGGGCGAUCGGGCGCUCUAUAUUGUUGCCAGAGCUGAUCUGAAGAGGAGGAUCAGAGAGGCCAAGGCUGCCCAGAGGAAGAGGAUCGAGGACUGCUUCCAGAGUAACAACUCCAGGCAUGUGUGGCAGGGGGUCCAGCAUAAGACCAACAACAGUCCCAGCAACCUCUCGGCCACCGACGGUGACACCUCACUGGUGGAGGAGCGGAACCACUUCUUCGCCCGCUUCUCCGGGGGAGAUGAGUCUGCAUACCGGGAUGAGGCGGAGCAGUUGUCAGUGUGGUGUAUAGAAAACAACCUGGCCCUGAACAUUACCAAGACCAAGGAGCUGAUUAUUGACUUUCUGGCCGCUGACCGCGUCUCUCUGUGUGUGUGUGUGUGUGUGUGUCAGGAGCGCGGGAGGGUCGGCGUGAUCUUUAACGUGGGGACGGACGACAUCGUCAUCGAGGAGAGCGGCGUGAUGGUCAGUGACGGGAAGUAUCAUGUGGUCAGAUUCACACGGAGCGGCGGGAACGCCACUCUACAGGUGGACAAUCUGCCCGUGCUGGAGCGCUUCCCUUCAGGUCGGCAGCUGACGAUCUUCAACAGCCAGGCGUUCAUUAAGGUGGGCGGCGGUGAGAAGGGCCGUAACUUCCAGGGUCAGAUCUCGGGGCUGUACUAUAACGGCCUGCAGGUGCUGAAGCUGGCAGCGGAGGGUGACCCCAACGUUCAGGUGCAGGGUAACCUGCGUCUGGUGGGAGACGUGCCCUCCGUCAUGAGCACCGACACCACCUCCACCACGCCCCUCGCAGACAUGUCCACCACCAUCAUGGAGACCACCACCACCAUGGCCACCACCACCACCCGCAAACAACGCUCGCCCACCAUGAGAGACAGCGUCACGCAGAAUACUGACGAUCUGUUAGUAGCGUCAGCAGAAUGUCCGAGUGAUGAUGAAGAUCUUGAGGAGUGUGAGCCUGGAAACGGAGGUGAACUAGUGUUGCCAAUUAUAACUGUGGAUUCCCUUGACCCCCCGUCAAUUGUGACACGUUACCCCAUUAUCCCCCCGUCCCCGACAUAUCGCCCCUUCCUCACCUUGCUCGAGACAACCAAAGAGUCUCUCCCCUUGCCCGUCCGGCCCCCCUGUCCGCUGGACCAGGAGGACUGCGAAGAUCCCAUGGAGGUCUCGGCCUAUGGCUCGGGCGAGAUGACGGAGUCCGACGAUGAGGACUACUAUAAAAACUCCCCCCUCGUCACUGACCGGACCGUACUCCCCCCUCCCCCCGCAGCCGGGAACCCCCGAGGUGACCGGCCCUUUGCCCGUUUGCCCGAGUCCCAUCGCCCGCCACUACCGUUCACCCCCACGGCCCCCCCGGUGCCCCGGCUCAAACCCGGCAUCAACAGUGGCCCCAACAUCCCCGCGGGUAAAAUGAACACCCGUGACCAGGUGCUGCUGCCGCCCGUACAGCCGUCGGGUGACCCUGAACAUGGCGGACGGCAUCGGCAUGUCCCAGGUAUAACUUAUCCUCCCAAUUUCCCCUAUGUGCCCACUACAGACCCCUCGUCACCAGACCGAGGGCCUCCAGGAGCGGUGGAGGUGAUCCGAGAGUCCAGUAGCACGACAGGUAUGGUGGUGGGCAUCGUGGCCGCAGCCGCCCUCUGCAUCCUCAUCCUGCUCUACGCCAUGUACAAGUAUCGCAACCGUGAUGAAGGCUCCUACCAGGUGGACCAGAGUCGCAACUACAUCAGCAACUCGGCCACACAAAGCAACGGUGCCCUGGUGAAGGAGAAGCAGCCCGGUGCAACCAAGAUGGGCACAAAGAGCAAGAAAAACAAAGACAAGGAGUAUUACGUCUGAGCUCGGCCUCCAGAGCAACUGAGGUGGAAGAGAGGGGGAGAAGGAGAGAGAUAGGAUGAGGAAUGAAAAGGGUGGUCCGGGUAUUUGUCGGCAGUUUACCGGUCACAUUGAGAGCUCUGACAUCAACUUCUUUAAUUUCCAUUCUAGCUGUUGGCUUUAUUUCCAGCAAGAGCUAAAGAGUUCGAAAGUGUCUAGGGUUCAGAAUCAU